UUUUUAAAAAAAAAAUGUUGAGUGGAUAUUCAUUAGGACGAGAUUUAAAAUUAUUAAUAAAUAACCCAAAGUAUAGUGAUGUAGAAAUUUUAUGUGGAGAUGAAAUCAUACUAUAUGGUUGUAAAGCAAUUUUAGCUGCAAGGUCUAAAGUAUUUGAUAAAUUACUCUAUAAAGGGGCGAAAGAAAAUUAUGAAAAUCAAAUUUUUCUCCCAACGAUCAAUUAUUCUGGAAUGGAGAUUAUAUUAGAAUAUAUUUAUACGGGAUCAAUUGAAGAAGAAUCUUUAACAAAAGAUAAUAUAAUUGAAUCAUUUAAUGCCGCAGAUUAUUUUCAAUUACCAGACCUUCAAGAUCUUAUUAUUAAAACUCUUAAAAAUAUUUUAGAAAAGAAUUGUGAAGAAAAUAAUUAUACACCAGAAUUAUUAUCUAAAGCUGUGGAAACAAUGCCGUUAUCAGAAGAAAAUACUCUUUUAGAUUUAUUGGUUGAAAAAGUAGCAAUUAUUCCAUUAAAUAUUAUUGAAUUUGGUCGAUUAUCUAUUAAAGCACUUGAGUAUCUUUUAUCUUGUGAAGAU